ACACCCGCUUCGCUGGACCGGGCAAGGCGGCCACGUGCGCUCGCGCAGGGGGUGCAGGCGUUGGCAUUCGCGGGCCCCUGGCGGUUAGCAGAGCUCAGCCUCUGAACAGGUCAGUAGACAACAGGCUCUUUCGUGGGCCAGGCCUGUCGGAGGACAGCAACAGAGGCUACACAUAGGCUGUGAGAUACUAAGGGGUCCCGCACCAGGAUGGCUGACAAAACCAAGCCUCCAGAGGGCGGCGCCCCGGAGCCCGCAGCACCACCCCCCAAACCUGGGGAGGAGGCCAACAAAGAAAAGGAGCCCCCGAAGCCGUCAGUGCAGCCCAAGGAUGAAGUGGGCACGAGAAAAGGGUGUCGCCGCUAUCGGUGGGAACUCAAAGACAGCAAUAAGGAGUUCUGGGUCUUCGGGCAUGCCAUCGUCAAGCUCAUAAGUUUGGGCUGCCUGAUAGCGGUGCUGAUGCUCUUCCACGGGGUCUCCGUCCACCCCAUCAUAGUACUCAUCGUCAGCAUGGAAUUGUCCAUCUUCAUCUUCUUCAUUGUGCUCUACAGCUUCGCCAUCCAAAGAUACAUGCCCUUCAUCCUGUGGCCCAUCACGGACCUCCUCAAUGACCUGUUCGCCUGUGGCUUCCUCAUCGGAGGCAUAGUGUUCGCCAUGAGGGGCCGGCGAAACGUGCCGUUGCACUAUUUAAUCGCUGUGAUCCUCAUGGGAGUGGCUGCCUUUUUUGCUUUUAUUGACAUUUGUCUCCAAAGAAAACACUUCAAGGGCAAGAAGGUCAAGAAGGACGUGCUGGUGCCCCCGCCGCCAAAGAGUAAGGAAGGCAAAGAGCCACCAAAAGAACCUGAGAAACCCAAGGAACCAGACGCAAAGCCCGACAAGGCAGACAAGGACAAGGACAAGGACAAGGACAAGGACAAGGACAAGGACAAAGGAAAGGACAAGGACAAAGGGAAGGACAAGGACAAAGGGAAGGACAAGGACAAGGACAAAGGGAAGGGGAAGAAGUAA